CUUCAUCCACCAGAGAGACGCGCCUGCCUUCGCACACAGCACUGCUGCUGGGGUUUCUUCACAAAUUGAGAGAUGCUCCAGCGGGCACUGUGCAGCACUUGGCUGUGCCUCCUGAUGGGCCUGUGCUUCACAGCUCAAGGAGUCCAGACAGCCAAGCUCACGUCAGCGAUUCCCUUCUUCGAUGAAUCGGGUGAAGCAGAGCUGUUUGACCAGGAGGCGGGUUCAGGUGUCCCUCCUCUUCACCUUCUGCACAACCUCCACGCCGACAGUCCGUUCAUCACAGAAGCUCCCGGAAAACCAGUGAACUGCACCCAGAGAUUUUGGUUGCCGCCAACCGACAAUGUCUGUUGGGGAGAUAUGGCAGAACCUGAAGACCUUGCCAAGUCGCGUUUGCUGGUUCUGCAGAACAGGGCUGCUCUGGAAGCAGUGUCCACCUCCACUGGAGUGGAGGAAGGUGGAGCCUCAUAUGACUAUCAAGCCAGAGAGGAGGUCCAGGGCGUCGUGUCAGACCACCAGACUGUUGUAGAAACCUUAGAGACCAUGGAGAAGGUCUUCGCCUCAUUGGAGGAGUUGAGGAGAGACGGGAAGGGGGGAAACAUCUUCAGCAGCAUGAGGGCACAGCUGAGCGACACCAGGGACGCCAUGCAAGGGAAAGAAAAGCUGUUCAACAACCUGGAGAACCAGUUUUCCACUCUGGAGAAAACUUUGCUGGACAUACAGCUACGGAUCAGCAAACUUAUACAGCAGUAACAUCAUCAGCCUGGAUCUCCACUGGUCUUUUGUUAGAUGUUGGUGUUGAACGCAUGAUUAUUUAAUUUGAUCUUAAAUCAAUGUUGAUACAGAAAUCACAGUGACAGUUUUAUUACCAAGCCCAUGUGUGGACUUCAUGGUUGGUUUUACAAGCUCUGGUAAAGACAUCAGGUGUAGAAUCUUUACACGUCUCACUUGUUCCUUGCAAGAUGUAUACUUAAGGGCUUAAAGGCAAAAUGUUAAUCCUGCAAAUGUAUCGGAUUUAAACAGACUUGAUAAGAAUUACAUUUAGAAUCCCUAAUUUCUUCAAAACAUGUAUUACAGUGGAAGUUUUUUUUCUUGUUUAGCUUGCUACAUGAACAAUUUGGAAGAUUUUAAUCAAAAACUGUGAGUUAAUGUAAGAAAAGUGAGUAUAACGACAAGAAAACAAGAAAGAAAAUUACAUUAUAAAGAAAAUCAAUAUUAAUAUUUAAAAUUACCAUAAAAAUACCUGCAAAAAAACAUAACAUUAAAGAAUACAAUUAAGUUCAAUACAAAUACAACAGUGACAUUCUUUAUAUACAAAAUACUGUAAUUUUAUUUCAUUUUUUUCAUUUCAUAUGAAUGACUUUCAGAGGUCCUCUUUUAGCAAGCAAAACUGCAAAUGCUAAAUGCACCUGUCACUAUUUUAAUUCUGACCAUCAAGUAUGAAAACAUAUUGGACCAAACAUUAUAAAUAUUGACCAUCAUCAUUACAUGGGUGAAAUUUUGUUUCUUCAGUUGCUGUUAAAGACUUAUCCACUUCUGUUACAGUCCAUCGCCGCAGUCAUCAAUGUCAUUUUUGGACGUGACAACCUAUAUUUACUGCUAUCCUCUAAGUGCAUCUCUCUAGUGUAACUUUCUCUUACUGUGAUGAUGCUCAGUCACAUGAUCACUUCAACCAGCUGUGUUCAUUGUGGUCAUUUACAUUCCUCCUUCCUCUGGAAUCAGCGGGACAGACACUUGGUCCACAUCUUAGACACAUUCACAGUUCUGCUAUUAAAUAUCUGCUUCCUCUUCAUCUUGCAUCUGCUCUAAGGACUGGAGGUAAUCCCU